UUUCUGCGCAGGCGCCAUGAGACCGCGACGCUUUCUGGGUAAAAAUGGAUGCCCACGAUCUGUUUCGCCGGCUCGGCGCGGGAGCCAAGUUCGAUGUGAGGCGAUUCUCAGCGGACGCAGCCCGAUUCCAGGUAGGAAAAAGAAAGUAUGAUUAUGAUUCUUCAGAGGUGCUUCAGGGACUGGACUUUUUUGGAACCAAGAACUCCGUCCCAGGUGAGGCUGGAGCAUCAGGAACUAAUGAGGAGUUCCAUGGUGAAGAGAAAAAAGAAGAGUGCCUAGCUGAAAGGAAGAGAGAACAGAGGAAAAAGAGGAAAAAGAUGACUUCAGAAAUUAUUUCUCAAGAAGAAGGUUCUACUAUACAAUGGAUAUCAUCUGUAGAAGCCAAAAUUGAAGAUAAAAAAGUUAAAAAAGAAAAUAAACUAACUUCAGGAAAAUUGGAGCAUCUCAGAAAGGAAAAGAUAAACUUCCUCCGGAAUAAACAUAAAAUUCACAUCCAAGGAACUGAUCUUCCUGACCCAAUUGCUACUUUUCAGCAACUUGACCAGGAAUAUAAAAUCAAUUCUAAACUGCUUCAGAAUAUUCUAGAUGCAGGCUUUCAGAUACCUACCCCAAUCCAAAUGCAAGCCAUUCCAGUUAUGCUCCAUGGUCGGGAACUUCUGGCUUCUGCUCCUACUGGAUCUGGAAAGACUUUGGCUUUUAGCAUUCCUAUUUUAAUGCAGCUGAAACAACCAACAAAUAAAGGCUUUAGGGCCCUGAUUAUAUCACCAACGCGAGAACUUGCCAAUCAGAUUCACCGAGAAUUAGUAAAAAUCUCUGAGGGAACAGGAUUCAGGAUACACAUGAUCCACAAAGCAGCAGUGGCAGCCAAGAAAUUUGGACCUAAAUCAUCUAAGAAGUUUGAUAUUCUUGUGACUACUCCAAAUCGACUAAUCUACUUAUUAAAGCAAGAUCCUCCGGGAAUAGACUUAACAAGUGUUGAAUGGCUGGUAGUUGAUGAAUCAGACAAACUGUUUGAAGAUGGCAAAACUGGGUUCAGAGACCAGCUGGCUUCCAUUUUCCUAGCCUGCACAUCCCACAAGGUCAAAAGAGCUAUGUUCAGUGCAACUUUUGCAUAUGAUGUUGAGCAGUGGUGCAAACUUAAUCUGGACAAUGUCAUUACUGUAUCUAUUGGAGCAAGAAACUCUGCUGUAGAGACUGUAGAACAAGAACUUCUCUUUGUUGGGUCUGAGACAGGAAAACUUCUGGCUAUGAGAGAACUUGUGAAAAAGGGUUUCACUCCACCUGUUCUUGUUUUUGUUCAGUCCAUUGAGAGAGCUAAAGAACUUUUUCGUGAGCUUAUAUACGAAGGUAUUAAUGUAGAUGUUAUUCAUGCAGACAGAACACAGCAACAGAGAGACAACACAGUCCAUAGCUUCAGAGCAGGAAAAAUCUGGGUUCUUAUUUGCACAGCAUUGCUAGCCAGAGGGAUUGAUUUUAAAGGCGUUAACUUGGUGAUCAACUAUGAUUUUCCAACCAGCUCAGUGGAAUAUAUCCACCGGAUAGGUAGAACUGGAAGAGCAGGGCAUAAAGGAAAAGCUGUUACAUUUUUCACUGAAGAUGAUAAACCAUUAUUAAGAAGCGUUGCCAAUGUUAUACAACAGGCCGGAUGUCCAGUACCAGAAUACAUCAAAGGUUUUCAAAAACUACUAAGCAAACAAAAGAAAAAGAUGAUUAAGAAGCCAUUGGAAAGGGAGAGCAUUAGUACAACACCAAAAUAUUUCUUAGAAAAAGCUAAGGAUAAAAGGAAAAACAUCACUGAUCAGAACAGCAAGAAGAAAGUAACUCUUGAAGAUAAAAAUUAAAACAG